GUUACUACUGUCUCGCGUACAGCAAUUUCCUUUCCGCGUGGACGUAACGUUGUGUGUUCAUUCGGUCCGAUAUUUAAUCCAUUUCGCGUGACGCAGUUGUAUCUCCUCUAGAUAGACAAUAACAAUAAUAUUUCCACUUUGUUUUCAUCUGCAAACCCGCAGACCAACUUGCCGUCCAACCGCCAUGUUUAAUUUCAAAUUCCACGUCUCGCGCAUUAACCUGAAAGACAAGUGUGUGCGUGUGCCGAUUUGUUGACAUAAAAACGUCAAACACGUCUUCCAUGAAACGUAUAGUGCGGUACUUUUUGCAAUUUUGUGUAUUAAAGGAAUUACAAUAUAGUACAAGUUGGAAAUCGUUCCAUAAUUUUCGUGAUCUUCAAUCAAUUUUCAAACUGUUUUAUCGAUGUUACAAGUUCGCGAUUGACCGUCAAUGUGGCGCCAAAACAGGAGAAGGCUAUGUUAUAAAAACGGAUAUAUUCAAAGGACGAUGACUAUUUAACGUCAAGUUCAGUGUUUACAAUAAAAUAGUUACUACGAUAUUUGUGAUACAGUUUUUACGUCGGAUUCUAUUAAAACGUGUUUAUUACGAACCACGGGUUUCGUGCCGAUUAUGGUGUUAUGGUUAUCAGUUUCAUUUGACAUUUUUUCUUUCCCGUUUGUGAAUAUUCAUCCAUGGUACAUUACUUCAAGAUUGUUGUAUUCCCGUUGUAAAAGGAAACGGACGAAAGAGGGUGGAAUGAGGAGAUUCAUCCGGUGACCUCGUGCCACGCGUGGUAAUGCUACUGGCAAGUGGUGCUUCAAUACCGACCAUCGCCGGUACCGUUGAGGAGGAGGAAGAAUAUGCACGUAGCGAGGCGAACAGCGCACACUACGAUGGCUAUAUUACCGAUCAUACUGAUCUUGCUUCCGAAAUCGACAUCGAUGAAUCCGAAUACAGGCGGGAACUUCUCAACGACAAAUGGCGGAUGCUGUUUGAUAAGUUUGAUCCCGAGGGUUUUGGCGAGAUACCGAUGGAGGAUUUUUUGGUGGCUUUGAAAAGUCCCGAAUGGAAAACCGAAAUACCAGCAAAUAAACGGGAUAUUCUUCUUACCAGAGCAAAGGAAUCGCGUGUCCAGGCGGUGACGUUCCAGGAUUUCGUCAAUGUGAUGAGUGGAAAACGAACUAGAAGCUUCAAAUGCGCGGUUCACCAUCGUGACCGUGAGGUGUGCUCGGAAAACGAUUUUCAUCUACUCGUACACGAGCCUCCUCUAUUCCGCAGGAUGGUCCGCAUGAUCGGCGAUGAAUUCCUUACGGAGGAAAGGGACCGGAAAUACUACGCUGAUCAUUACACCUGUUGUCCACCGCCUCUCUUUAUCAUCCUCAUCACCCUCGUGGAGCUGGGUUUCUUCACAUAUUACACAGUGGCGAUGGGAGAAGUGAAUCCUUCUGGGCCAGUACCAAUCGACAGUGUCUUCAUUUAUAGACCAGACAAACGUCUCGAGCUCUGGAGGUUCGCGUUCUACAUGUUCCUUCAUGCUGGGUGGCUUCACCUGCUAUUUAACCUAGGAGUACAGGUGGUCGUGGGACUUCCCCUGGAAAUGGUUCAUGGAAGUCUGAGGAUUGCAGCGGUUUAUAUGGCUGGAGUUCUUGCCGGUUCUUUGGGUACUUCGGUGUUCGACACAGAUGUAUAUCUCGUUGGGGCUAGUGGCGGCGUUUAUGCACUUCUCGCUGCUCAUCUGGCUAACGUCCUCCUCAACUAUAACAACAUGGAGUUCGGCAUAGUUCGAUUAAUCGGCAUCUUUGUCAUCGCGAGCGCCGACGUAGGGUUCGCGAUCUACGACAGAUACGCUGCCGAACAAAUGGGUCCUCCAGUUUCGUACGUGGCACACCUGACCGGUGCGUUGGCGGGCUUGACGAUCGGGCUCCUGGUGUUGAAGAACUUCGAGCAACGACUCCACGAGCAAUUGCUCUGGUGGGUGGCACUCGGCGUGUAUGCAGCCUGCACGAUCUUCGCGGUUAUGUACAAUCUCAUGCAUCCGGAUUAUCCAUGACGCGAGGUCAGCUUCGCGUACGGUCAACCGCGAAACACGUAACGCGAAGCUGAAUAACAACGAACAAAGGAGAAAACUGUAAAUGAGCGAAGAAGAGUGAGCGAAGAACGAGUCAGAUGAUGAAUAGAGGAAGAUCGUCGAGGCCGCAAACCCGGUGAAGAUUCGGUGAAUAAAUGGAAAACGUUUGGUACGAAUAUAUUUAAUUCGCCUACGAAUGGAUCCUGAAGAAAAGAGAAGCUUUAUUUAGAAACGCGAAGAAAGGAAGCCUCCGCAUCGUCGAUACGAUCGGUUGUACGGGCAACUGAUGAUUUUCCUGUAAAGAAAAAGAACUAAAUGGAAAGAAAUAGUGAAAUAUUUUUGACAAGUGAAUGUUAUUUGUGCGGUCACCCUUUUUGCCACGGUAUCUCAUCGAGCGAAGAAAAUUGCGAACGGGAUGCAAAAGACAAUUGAUAAGAUUUUUUUCUAUGCUCUAUAGCGGCGCACGAGAAGGUUUAAAAUGCUUUUUCUUGGACUUAAGAUGAUUUAGAAUGCGAAUUAAUUAUGAAAAUUAAAUCAGUUACGAUGAAAAAGGAAAAAGGAGAAGAAUUUUUCAAAUGAUUACAGACUAACCGUACAAAAGAUAAUAUUAUUCUCUGAAAUGUUAUCAGCAUUAAAAGAUAAGGAAGGAUUAAUAUUUGAAGCAAAGUGAAAGAGCGUGAGCGAUGGAAAAUGAAAGAAGACAAUCCGAUUACAGAAAUGAUAGACAGAAAAUGUUCCUAGAGACCAUGAAGAUAAACUAGAAAAUGUAAUAGCCCUUGAUUCGGAUCGAAGAAAAAUAAAAGCGCCAGAAAUGGGAAUACAAAGAGAAACAGAAUAGCCGAGAUAAGGAAUGAAGCUGGAAAAAGAACUGUGAAAGGAAAUUAGAUCGUUUAUUCGUAAAGAAACUUCAUGAAGUAUCGCCUUUCCUCGUUGGAAUAACUGCGCAAAAUCGAUUCGCAUAAAGAAACGGAAAUUUCAGCGUCAGAUUUAAACCUAGAAAAAAAAUAAACAAAAUCGAAAAUUGAAGAAGAUCGCGAUUAAAAAAGUGAAUCGAAUCAUUCGAGUGAAGAAAAGUGUUUAAAAAUUGAAAAAUCGAUCCCUUCUUUUCGAGCGCUCAUUUCUCCACUUUCCCAGUGAAAAGAAAAAACCAAAGAAUCAAAAUACCUCAGGGAAUCCGUUUUCGGAAUCCACUAACGUUCAAAGCAAAAGUCAUCCGCGAAACGUUCCGUCGAGCAGGAAGUAGGAGCGGAGGAGAGCGAUGACUUGGUCUCAGCUGGACGAGAGGAAGAGCAAGAGGCCAGGACCCUUCUUUCGGCGCAUUUUCUCGUUUAUCGGCCGCUCCGGGGCACGAAGAAACCAAAGAAUCCUACCGAACGUCUUCACCUUUGUCCUCUUCGAUUCAACUUUCCAAAAGGAUCCGAACUCAACCGAAUUUCUUUCCAAAUUCAACCGAGAACGAAAGACUAGGAGCGAUGUAGGCAAAAUGCUUCGGGAAUCCUUCGCGAUGCCUAGGAAACGCAAAACUGCUAAAGGAGUGAAUACGAUCAAUCGUUUUUGGUCAACGGAUAUUUUAUUUUGAGGAAAACGAAAAAAGGAUGAUCGUCCUAAGUAAUGUAAAUGGAGAAUUCCUUUUGAUAAUUUUCUUCCCUUGGUCAUCGCGAAUCGCUCAAAAACAAAGUAUUGUCACAACUAAGGGAAGUAUGCGAAAACCGUUGACGAAGGGUACUCGAAAAAGCUGGCGAUAAGGGAUCGACGAAAAGGAGGGACGAUCUUCGACGAUAAUUCGAAAUGGAAAAGAUGGAAGGACGUGGAAGACGGAGUCUAAUGAUACUCACGCGAGCUGCCUUCGUUAAUCUCCGGGACAUUUAAAUAAUAAUCGCAACGCUUGUUGCUCGAUUUGCAUGUCCGGACAAAAUCGUUCGAUCGCCUCGUCUUUAACGUGGCGAACGAUCGAGCUGCGCAAGCCUGUAUACCGUUGUAAAUAAUUCUGUACAUAGUCGAGACGAAGAGCGCGCACCUGUAUCGCAAGCGCGUGGGUUCUUCGUCGCGUGUACGUGCGAGAAUGCCUGUGUGCGCGCGAAUACUAAGCGGAAAAAUAAUUAGCGUGCGGGACCGAAUGAAAUCGGUUAGUCGCAUGAUCUAGUCCGAUAAUCGUGAGAUGUAUGAUUGCUCGUAUACACAAAGAAACAAAGAGGAAUAUUUUGAAUUCGGUGUCUUGCGGACUAGCACAUUUCUUUUGGUUAAACUUUGUUUUAAAGAACACAAAAUUAUUAACCUUUUUAUUUUUCAUCUGAUAGUUUUUGAUGUGCAGAAUCCAAAAAUGUGAUUCUUAACUUCAGGAUUCUAGCGGUUUAAAAGUUGUACGUAUUUAAAGUCGAGCAUUUUUAGCGUAUCUUGUAGGUUAGUAUGACGCCAUAUUGCUUCUAUCCGUAAUGUGAUUGGUCCACGGAGUCGGAUAUCAGAAUGGUGUCGAAAACCUAACCUAACCCAAAGCGCGCAAAGUACGUGUAGAUAGAUAUUUGAAUUAUUCCGCCAAAAGGAGCACCAGCUACGUGCUUCUGUCUGCAGAUAGCAACAUUCAUUGGACAAAUCAUGGAGAGAAACCAAUAUGGCGUCAAACUAACCUUCAAAUUAUGUUAGAAAUGCUCAAAUUUACGUAUGUAUAACUUUUGAACCACCGAAUUUCUAGAGUUAAGAGUUGCAUUUUUGGAUUCUACACAUCGAAAACUAUUAAAUAGCAAACAAAAAGGUUAAUAAUUUUAUGUCCUUCAAACCAAAGUUCAGCCUUUUUUUCUUGUAAAAAUCUAUUAAUAGGAAGCGAAUGGGCAAAAUAAUUUAUUUUCUUUCCUAUCUCCGUGGAACAGACCUUUAUCUUGAGGGUUCAUUUUCAAUUGAGUCUUGUUGCACAGGUUUUGGUAUGGUUAGGUUAGGAAGAUCAUUGCGUUUGGUAAAACGACCGGUAGAGGGACACGCGUUGCCUGUUCGUAUUCCUAGCGGCACGAUCUAAAACUACUACUAUUUAUUAAUAUUUCUCCAGUGAUUUCUAUCUCGUUGGUUUCGUCUUCUCUUUUUUCUACUCGUUUAUUCUCGUGUCCAGGAGAAGGUUUUCGAUCGAAUGUCUUUACUUGCAAUCUAUUCCUGAUGCUAGCAUACAUAAUCUUCGUACAAAGUUGAUCAAUGAAAAUUGACGAUCGUUUAUCUUUAUCGUCGUAUUUUCAUCGUUCAGUCCCCCGUACGGAUACAGAUGAUCCUCCUUUCGAUUUCACGCAUCAACGAUAAAUUCAUGAGACAACUACGAGUCAAAGCGAAUCGCUUUUAUUCCUUCCUUUUUGUUGUACGCCCACGUUGCUUCCGGCGCGAACCCUGCCGAAUACUCGAGAAAUAUUUUCUUAUGGCACACUUGGUAUAUGACGGAUAAUCGUUCGUUCGGGUUUCGCGAGUGAGCGGCGUAAUUGGUUAAACGGAAGGAAGUGGGGGAAAGAAGGAAAGAAAGGAAAGGAAAUUCGUACCAAAAAAGCCAAUGGCGGAAAGGCGAGCAAAUUCAAACCGAGAGUGAUUAACGAUGCUAGUCAAUUAGUAGCGGCAGAAGGCAGCAAAGGCAUUAAGACAUUGCCGAAGAAUAGUUGUUUUUUUUUUUUUUUCUUUUUCGUUCCAAGGGGCGAAAAGUAAGUCAGAAAGUCCAAAAGUCAGAUGAUUCGGUCUGUCGUCGCGAGAUUUUUUACGCUUUACGAUCGAAUAUUUUUCUCGACAAAAUGGAGAUCCUCAGCAGUAUAGUAAUUGUGAGUGGAUAGACUCAUAUUCUUUUCAAGUAUUCUUGAUUUGUUAAGACUGUCAGUGUUUGUUUCAUUACAGUUUUUGGCAAAUAUUCCUAAAUUAUUUUCACUUCGAAAAAUCCUAAGUUUUGAAGUAUAAAAAAUCAUUGGCGUAACUAAAAUUAUAAUUGAACCCUCCUCAUAAAUGUGAAACUCUACUAUUCUAAAAUUUUAAGAAUCUAGACUCCCAGAAUAUUAAAACAUCAAAAUUUCCGAAUUUUCUAAAUUUAAAAAAUACAAAUAAUGUGAAAUACAGAAUUAAAUUAAAAUUGGAGCUCUCUUUAUGGUCCGCCAUCUGCGGGUUAAGGUGCUAAGUUAUCGAACUUCGAUCGGGGCUAGUUUAUUAAUUUGUUAAUAAUUAAUGCAUCACUGUUUUAACCUUGCCGUUAUAUUUAAGUUUCGAUUAUUUAGAUGAGAAUUCAGUUAAAGUGUAACUUCAAAUGGAAUUUCGCAAAAUUCCUAAACAGUUUCACAUUUGUUGCUGCAGUAAAUUAAAAUAAAUUAUUGAAUAAUAAAAAACCUAUGAUCUUGUUACAUUUUUCACUAACUCAUUCUUUUGUUUGGUUAAUUAUAUUGCAGUAUCUAGUCCAAAAAGAGCAGCAGUUAUCCCUUGCUACAAAUAUCUUACUAUUAUCACUGUGAUUAAUGAAUUAAAGUUUUACAUAAAAUAUUCCGAGUAUGUUUCGAAUGUGACAUAUACGUAAAAUUGAAUAUCGUAAUAAAACUGUCAAUUUUUUGCGAAAUUCUUGCCCGAAAGAUCGUCGAAUAAGACCGAAUCAGCUGUUAUAGUAACGAUCGAAAACCUCAGCAUGGGAAGUGAUUUCGACUAGAAAUCGAAAGAUAAUAGCCGUGUAAUCGUGACGUCCUCAACCGCCGAGUUUCACGUUUUAUUUAUUUCAAGGAGGCGCGCCUAAUUAUUGUUACUAAAGAGAAACGUAAAAGUUGUGCACAGAAUGUAGCAAAGUUAAUAUAGAAGCGUAACUGAAAUGAACCAGCGAAAGAGUUAUUAAGUUGCGAUUGUAUUAUUUGUUAAACUAUUUGCGUAAAUUAGAUACGGCAUAAGCAUCGUGUUCACGUCGAAGAAGCUUAAGUGUCGAUAAUAUAUUCAAUUCUUCCCUCGA